UUAGAGACUGGAUGAGACAACGUCAAAACACACAGCAGUGAAUACGGGAAGUGUAAAGCAUGGCAUGCCUGUGCAAGCCUGUCAUAACUUGCACCUCGUGGACAACAGACUGAGGCUCCACAGCGGUUCGAUGUAUGUGGCUGCGGAGAGGUCCAAGUUUUCAACAGGAAAGGGAUAUCAAUUGGGAAACUUCUAUUUCAGAUCGCAUCAACAGCCGAGCAAUCUGACAAGAAAACACUCUGCCAGCAAGCAAAAAAAGACGGGUGCCACUUACUGACUUGGUUCCCAACAAGAAAGGCUCUUGGCAAACCAAGGUUGCUCCGCAAUCAUGCUUCCUUUCAGACUGGAUGAAAUAACGUCAAAAGACACAGCAGUCAAGACGGGAAGUGUCAAGCAUGGCAUGCCUUUGCAAGCCUGUCAUAACUUGCACCUCCUGGACAACAGACUGAGGCUUCACAGCGGUUCGAUACAUCUGGCCGUGGAGAUGUGCAAGAUGUGCGCAGGACAUGCAUAUCAACCGGAAGGCUUCCAUGUCAGACACCUCAAUAUAUCAAUCGGAAGGCUUCCAUGUCAGAACGCCUCAACAGCAAAGCAUCUGACAAGAAAACACUCGGCCAGCAAGCAACCAGGCGGGGUGCCACUUACUGACUUGGUGUCCCCCAACAAGAAAGGUUCUUGGCAAACCAAGGUUGCUCUGCAAGCAUGCCUCCUUAGAGACUGGAUGAGAUAACGUCAAAAAAACACAGCAGUGAAGACGGGAAGUGUCAAGCAUGGCAUACCCGUGCAAGCCUGUCAUAACUUGCACCUCCUGGACAACAGACUGAGGCUUCACAGCGGUUCGGUACAUGUGGCCGUGGAGAGGUGCAAGAUGUGCGCAGGACAUGCAUAUCAACCGGAAGGCUUCCAUGUCAGACACCUCAAUUGCACAGCAAUCUUACAAGAAGACUCUCACACCAAGCAAACCAGGCAGGGCGCCACUAACUGACUUCGUGUCCCCGAACAAGAAAGGCUCUUGGCAAACCCAAGAUGAUGCUCGGCAAUCAUGCUUCCUUUAAGAUUAGAUUAGAUAACGUCAAAACGCACAGCAGUGAAGGCGGGAAGUGUCAAGCAUGGCAUGCAAGCCUGUCGUAACUUUCACAGCACUUUGAUGCAUGUGGCUGUGGAGAGCUCGAAGUGUUCAACGGGAAAGGCAUAAUUAUCAAUCGGAAGGCUUCCAUGUCAGAACGCCUCAACAGCAAAGCAUCUGAC